AUGCCUUUACUAAACAUUGAAAACCUUUCUGGGAAAACACUCAUAAUUCCCGUCGUAUCUACUGCGAACGUUGCUCAACUAUCAGUCGACCUGCUGAUUUCUUCACUCGGGCUGGUCCGAAUAGCCGUGCUCGAUUCGAAAUAUUUCAUACCUUUGGUAGGAUCCCGCGUGAAUGGGGAACUAGGUAUCACCACACCGUUCGAACUGUAUGGCAAAGGUGAACUUGGCAUAAUCGUCCUGCAGCAAAGAUCUCCUAUAUUGAAGGCCAUGAAACAGGAACUCAUUGACGAUUUAUUUGACUUUGUCCAAAAAUCUGGGAUCGCUGGUGUGUUGGUUUUGUCCGGGGUAGAUCUUUCAAAUCGUUCCGACGAGCAGAUGCUCACACCGACGUAUCAAUUACAGCUGAACUCCUUACAUCUAUCCUCCCCACUGCACCGACUUAACGAAUUCCCUAUACCAAAAUACACCUCCCCUGUACCUCAAAAGCCCGGCGCCAACAACGAUGAAUCUCAGGUUCCAUUCAUCCCCGGAGGUGGUAUAACACAUCGUAUACUCUCAUCGCUUCCUGAAACAUGGUCCAUACCACUUGCAGUGCUGCUGAGAUUUGCUUUGGAUGGCGACAAUCGAGCCGAUGCACAUUCUCUCGCUUCAAUCGUCGCACAAGUCAUGGGGAUAGACAUCACUUCGAUCCAAUGGAAACAGCCUGAAAGUUGGAGUGGACUGUUUGGUACUCCUCAUGAUCAAUCGUUGUAUGGAUGA